UCACCCAUCGACCUACAUCGCCUACACAAUGGAAAGGAGGAGAAGCCAGAAAAGAACAACGAUGAGGACAUCCUGGACACGGUCCUCUCGUACGUGGGGGAGAUGGGCCGCUACCAGAAGUGGCUGUUCGUGGCCAUGCUGCCCUUCGGCUUCUUCUUUGCUUUCGUCUACUUCGUGCAGAUGUUCGUCACGGCCACGCCGCAGCGCCACUGGUGUCAGGUACCGGAGCUGAGCCACUUGGAGCCAGAGGUCAGACGGAACCUCUCAACGCUACCCCAUGCUGAGUACGAGUGGGACAAAUGCCUGACGUUCAACGCCAACUGGAGUCAAGUGCUGGAGACUAUGACGGCUCCACACCCCAACACUUCCACGGUGUCUUGCGAGAACGGCUGGGAGUUCGAGCUUGGUGACAUUCCGUACCAUACUGUUGUUAGCGAGCGCGGCUGGGUGUGCGAAAACGCCGGCUUCGCUCCUACGGCCCAAGCCAUUUUCUUCGCGGGGUCCUUCGUCGGGGGCUUAUUCUUCGGCUGGCUGGCAGACACCUUCGGCAGAGUGCCCGCUUUGGUUGGUACAAACCUCAUCGGCUGCGUGGGUGGAGUCGCCAGCAUCUUUACCACUGGGCUGUGGGACUUCGCCUUCUGCCGGUUCCUGGUCGGCAUGGCCUAUGAUAGCUGCUUCAUGAUGAUGUACAUUUUGGUGAUGGAGUACGUAGGCCCUCGCCACCGGACGUGGGUGGCGAACAUGUCGAUCGCGCUGUACUUCGGUGGAGGCUGUCUGAUCCUGCCGUGGCUGGCAUACUGGAUAGCCGACUGGAGGACUCUCCUGCUGGGCACUUCGUUACCUAUGCUGGUGGUGCUGGCAGCGCCGCUGGUGGUUCCUGAGAGUGCAAGAUGGCUUUCAUCGCGGGGGCGUAUCAACCAGGCGGUAGAUGUUCUGAGGAAAUUCGAAAGAGUCAAUGGCACGAAAAUCCCACAAGACGUCUUAGAUGAAUUUAUUGUCCAAUCCCGCGCCAAGCAAUCCCGGCAAACCGACGAGUCCAUAGCUGCGGUAUUCAAGAGCGUGCCCCUCCGCAUGAUGAUGUUAUACAUGGUGCUGGUAUACAUGGGCUGUGCAGUCAUCUUCGACGGACUCGUGCGCAUGUCAGAAGGCUUGGGGCUGGACUUCUUCGUGACGUUCACUCUGACGUCAGCUACAGAGAUACCCUCGGUCACGCUUUUGGCGCUGAUACUUGACAGGUACGGCCGAAGAAUGCUAACUUGUGUACCGCUGCUCAUCGCAGGCAGCUUGACUCUGAUAGCUGCAGCUGUCCCUAAAGGCAUACCCCAAGUGACCCUGGCGAUCAUGGCGCGGUUCUGCACUAACAUGUCGUACAACGCCGCCAUACAGUGGUCAGCUGAACUGCUGCCGACGGGAGUCAGAGCGUCGGGCACGUCGCUCAUACACGUCAGCGGUUAUGUUGCCACUGUGGUGUCACCUUUCAUCGUCUAUUCAGAACGCGUGUGGAGGCCGCUACCGCUGCUGAUCCUAGGCGCCGUGGGGCUGGUGGCGAGCGCCGUGGGUGUGCUGCUGCCCGAGACACGUGGCCGGAGUAUGCCGCAGACCAUCGCGGAUGGAGAGCGGCUUGUUAGAGAGUACUCCUUGUGCGGGAAACCUGAACCUGAUGAGAGUGAAGAGUGGAGGAAGGAUAAAGAACGAGCGCUUAUUACGUAAUCGGCCGACUUCCACUAUAUGGCCUGUAUGUUAAGUAGUUGUAAGAUUCCUGUGCUCAAACCAGGAACUUAUUGUGAUAUUAAACUUGCUAAUAACUGACAGAAAAGAUGGAAAUAUUUUCAAUUAAUUCAAAUAAUUAGGUAUUUUCUACCUAAAGUUAUUUUACGAUACUUAUUAAUUUUCGUUGUAGUUACAAUAUAAUGUCUAUUUUAUUACUUUAAUUACAUUAAGUCUAGAGAUUGUGCAAUUCUUUAACUAAAUUAGUUAGUUUAAGUAUAAGUCUAGGCUUCUAGUUAGUUACUACUAUUAUAGUUAAAUAAUUACCCCUUUAAUUACACUGGAUCGUGUCAAUUCAACGUGGAUAAUGCAUGUCAAAAGUGUGAUAGAAAAAUAAUAUUACACUACACUCUACACCACAGAGCAUGCUCUACACUGAGACUGGGUUGCACCAUCUUACUUUAACUUCAACAAACGUAAAAAACUGUCAAACUCCAUACAAAAAGCAACGUUGUCGUUAUCGAUAACCGUUACGGUUAAAGUUAGGUGGUGAAACUCAGCCUAAGAACCACAUCUUCUUGCAAAAUUAUUGUUAUUUUUUAGAACUAGUUUUCUCAAAUAUUUUUCUUUCCUUGGGUAUUUAACUACUGUAAUUUUAUUCAAUAUUUCUCUUAUUUAGAACUUGGAAUGUCGUAGUAUGAAAAGUUUAAGUUUGCCUGCCUGUGUAAAUAAUUUUAAUAUUGUGUGCUCCAGUAAAUAUCUCGUAUGUAAAGUAAGGUACUUUGAUUAGGAAUUUUUGCAAAAAGUGUAAAUACAGUUAAAUUUUAAUUGGCAUUUUCAUUAAAAAUUAGGGAAAAUAUCAGUCAAUUUUGU